AUGUAAUAAUAAAAUGAUGAAUAGAUAAGGUUGAAUAUACCAAUAGAGUAAUAUUAAUUGCCUUAAUAACUUGAUGGUACUAACAAAUGAUUAUAGAAAGGGUUUGCUUAGCCAGUAAUGUUCAAAUGUAGUAGUUGUUAAGUUGAAGCAAUAUCUAUCUUAUAGCAUAAGCCAGGGACACAUACUUGGUUGUGCUGUUUUACUCUUUGCAUUUUAGGAGCAUUUUUAGCAUUUUUACCAUUUUAUAUGAAAGAUUGCUAGGAUGUUACACAUGUUUGUCCAGCUUGUAGUCAAGCAGUAUAAAUAUUAGGAAUAUAUAAUAGAUAGGAGUAAGACAAUUUAAGGCUUGCUGAUGAAAUAAGACAUAUUAUAA